AUCUUUAAAAAAAAUAAGGAAAGAAAACAAAAACGCAUUCUUAACAAAACAAGAAACACUCAAGUCAAUCAAAAUCCUUUCUGCAACUGGUCAUGUGGCCUUAUCUGGUAUUUAUCACUGCUUUCCUCAGCUGAUCAGUUGUAUUUCCUCCACCCUCAGCUAGCAGGUCAUGGCCCUCUUCCUGGAAGAGUGACUCAUAUUUUGAUUCCUGAGGGGAAUGUUCCCUUUGUCAUCCUGCCUGGGUUAGGCUGGUAUAGUUUCCCAUUGACUUUCAUCAUAGGACAUGGUAGCAACAAGAGAGGCCCUAAAGGAUCUUCUACACUCCAGAUCUAAUCUUUCUUACCUCCAUUGGGAGGGGCAAUCCAAAUCUCUUUUUAGUAAUCUGAACUCGUCACCUCUCCUAACACUGUCACUUCUUUCGUAGUCUGCUGGUUUCUGGCAUUAGAAGCCUUCAGGAGGAAGUCUGCUUCAGCUGAGUGAGAUAUUUGUUGUGUCUCACUGCAAGAGCACUUCCCCCAUCUGGAACCAAAACUUCUAUGCCAACAGAACUUAAGCUAAUCACUUCAGAAGGAACUGUGUCACCUCAGGGAUCCGUUUCUUUCACUGAUGUAACUGUGGACUUCACCCAGGAGGAGUGGGAGCAACUGGACCCCUCGCAGAGGAUUCUGUACAUGGAUGUAAUGCUGGAGAACUACAGCAACUUACUUUCAGUGGAGGUGUGGAAGGCUGAUGACCAGGUGGAGAAGGACCCCAGAGACCCACAUAAGCAGGCGAGGUUACUUACAACCCUCAAGAACCAACCACCAACUGAAGAAAGAGGCAAUCUCUUUGGAAAGACAUUAAAUCUGAACACAGACUAUGUUUCGUUAAGACAAGUUCCCUAUAAAUAUGAUUUAUAUGAAAAGACUUUGAAGUACAGUUCAGACUUACUUAGCAGUAGAAGCUGUGUAAGAAAGAAAGACGGCUGUGGUGGAUUUGGGGAACCACUUCUGUACCUGAAGCAAGAGAAGCCCCAUGCUGGACUGGAAUACUCUGAAUAUAAUGGAAACGGAAGGGUUCUCAGCCAUAAGGACGCCAUCUUUAAACAUCAGAAAAUUAAGAGGUUGGUUCAGCCUUUCGUCUGUAAUUACUGUGACAAGGCCUUCUCCUUCAAGUCGCUACUUGUUAGUCACAAGAGGAUCCACACAGGAGAAAAGCCCUAUGAGUGUAACGUGUGCCAGAAAACCUUCUCCCAUAAGGCCAACCUCAUCAAACAUCAGAGAAUUCAUACUGGAGAGAAGCCCUUUGAAUGUCCUGAGUGUGGAAAAGCAUUUACCCACCAGUCAAACCUCAUCGUGCACCAGAGAGCACAUAUGGAGAAGAAGCCCUAUGGAUGCAAUGAAUGUGGGAAGACAUUUGCUCAGAAGUUUGAACUCACCACACACCAGAGAAUUCAUACAGGAGAGCGGCCCUAUGAGUGUAAUGAAUGUGCAAAAACCUUCUUUAAGAAAUCAAACCUCAUCAUACAUCAGAAAAUUCACACAGGGGAGAAACGCUAUGAGUGCAGCGAGUGCGGGAAGUCGUUCAUCCAGAACUCGCAGCUCAUCAUCCACAGGAGAACUCACACUGGGGAGAAGCCCUAUGAAUGCACUGAGUGCGGCAAGACGUUCAGCCAGAGGUCAACACUGAGGCUACACUUGAGAAUCCACACGGGAGAGAAACCCUAUGAGUGUGCAGAGUGUGGGAAAGCCUUCAGCAGGAAGUCUCGACUCAGUGUCCACCAGAGGGUCCACGUGGGGUAGUGCUGAGGCUGCAAGCAGACUGCAGAAAACCUGUCAGGCCCGAGUUCUCCAGUGAGAGGAAGCCCUCGUGAAGAUACUAAUGGAAAUUGACUUGGGAAAUUCUGUUGACAUGAUCUAUCUCAAAAACUUUAGAAAAAAGGAUACCUAAGAAUAUUUUACUGAGGGCUGGAGAGAUGGCUCAGCAGUUAAGAGCACUGGCUGCUCUUCCAGAGGUCCUGAGUUCAGUUCCCUACAACCACAAGGUGGCUCACAACCAUCUGUAAUGGGAUCCGAAGCUGCCUUCUGGUGUGUCUGAAGAGAGAGACAGUGUACUCAUAUACAUAAAAUAAAUAAUUUUUUAAAAAAAAUAUUAUACUGAAAGUUAUAUCCAGCUAAAGAGUACAUAUCCAAAUAUAUGUAUGUAUUUCAGUAUGUAUGUAUUCAGUCCAAUCGUAAAUAGACAUAGCCAGCUGUUUCCAUGAGCUUUCUAGCUUUUUGUGCUUCUGGGGAUCAAAUCUAGGGUCUUGUCUGCUAGGCAAGAUUCUUUUUUUAAAAAACCACUGAUCUAUAUCUGCAGUUCACAGUGAAUUUUUAAAAACCUUGAAUGACUUGCAUAUUCUAAGAGGAAAUAUAAAGCAUAUAUAGACAGUACCUUAGACAUUUUUAUGUAAGGAUAUGCCACAAAACACAAAUUGUUUUAAAUCUGUUUAUAUGAGUUUAAUAGCUACUGAAAAUUUGAAAUUCUCACCUAUGAUAAUUGCAUCACAGCAAAAGGUUUCCACACUCAGCAUCAUGUGUAUGUCAGUACCUUUCCCAGCCAGCGCACAUCCAAAGGAAAAACGUGAUGGAUCUUAAAGUAGCACUAGACUCUUUCCCACUAUAGCUGCCCUGUACGUGUUGGUGUGACCAUUGUUACUGGCUGCCUGGUCACUAAAGAAAAGGCAGUAUUGCCGGGUGGUGGUGCACGCCUGUAAUCCCAGCACUCUGGGAGGCAGGCAGAUUUCUGAGUUCUGAGUUUGAGGCCAGCUUGGUCUACAGAGUGAGUUCCAGGACAGCCAGGGCUAUACAGAGAAACCCUGUCUCCAAAAAAGAAAAAAGAAAAAAGAAAAAGAAAGAAAAGAAAAGGCAGUAUUGUUGGAAUUCUAACCUGCUUCUGGGUCUGAAGAUUUUCUGAAGCAUUAUUAAAUGUGCAAAAGUCUGAGGUAAUUCACAUCUAGAGGGAAAGGAGGCAGGUCUGCUCUGACUCAGUACACACUACAGAAUAGACCUGUGUUCUGACUCAGGGUGCGAUAUAGAAUAGAGGUGUGUUGUGCUCUGACUCAGGGUGCACUGCAGAAUAGACCUGUGCUGUGCUGUGCUGUGCUGUGCAGGGAGUGUCUCUCUCACGCUCCUCUCCUUUCUCCGAGGCAUUUACAUGCAUGUGCAUGUCUAGUUCCAAAAUAACCUGCACCUCAGAAAACUAUGUUUGUAUGUUUCUGUCAUUUCUUAAUAAUUUAUGAAUUAUCAUUCAGAAAAAUGGUUGGGGUGCUGUGUCACUCACAAAUGUUACAUUUCACAGACUUUAAAGAAAAAACUGAAAAUCUGUUUCAUUGCUUUUUUGAGUUUCCAUGUACAUAAUCCAUUUUAGAAAUUGUUUUUGCUGUGUCUUUUAAAAGAGGUAAUUUUGCUUUUGGAACCUGCCCCAGCCUUAGCCGCCACCUUGUCUUUUAGUGUUCACAAGAUUUGAGACUCACAGUUCCACAGGGUUAGAGUCCAUGGCCAUCAUGGGAUUUGGGGAGCACAGCAGCAGGCAACCUUAAGAUGGAGUAGAGCUUAGAGCUCGCCUCCUGAGACACAGGCACAGGAGAGCAAGCUAACUAGGUGUGGUGUGGUCUUUAGGACGUGGCCCCACCUCCAGUGACACACCUCAUCCUUCCCAGACAGCUCCACCAACUGGAGACCCAGUAUUAAAACAUACGAACCCAUAAGGGCCUUCUCAUUCAAACCGCCACAGUAAAUCAGACUUCAGUGUUCUCCAUAGAGUGGUGCACACCUUUAAUCCCAACACUUGGGAGGCAGAGGCAAGCAGAUCUAAGUCUGGUCUACAUAGUAAAACCCUGUUUGAACAUAAACAAUGUUUUUCCAUAACUGAAAGAUGGUAAUUUGAAGCUGGGUUUCAUAUCACAAGUUGAGCUUUUUUUUUUUUAAUUAUGCAUUAGAAUCAGAAGUGGAAACCGCACUGGAUCUUAUUUUUAACAUUUUAUGUAUGUGGGUGGUUUUGCCUGCAUGUUUGUCUGUGGGCCAUGUACAUGCAUGCAGUGCCUACAGAGGCCAGAAGAGGGCACUAGAACCCCUGUGCAUGCAGUGCCUACAGAGGCCAGAAGAGGGCACUGGAACCCCUGUGUAUGCAGUGCCUACAGAGGCCAGAAGAGGGCACUGGAACCCCUGUGCAUGCAGUGCCUACAGAGGCCAGAAGAGAGCACUAGAACCCCUGUGCCUGGAGUGAGAGACCAUUGUGACCCUACCUGUGGGAAUGGGAACUGAACCCUGGGUCCUCUGGAGAAGCAGCUAGUGAGCCAACUCUCCAGCCCCCUGGAUUUUUAUUUUUGAAGACAGCUGAUUCUAUCUUUUAAAAUUAAGAAAAGAAACAUACACUCAUACUCUCUUCAUACCAGAAAGUUCAUUCCUAGCAAUCUGAACUUUAACAAAACAAAACAGGGUCACUACUAAGACUUUAUGUUAACCGAGUUAUAGCACAGUUUUGGUUUAGGAAAGUUUACCACUUAAAAAUGAGUGACACGUUUUCACUGAACAGUGUGUAGGAGGGAACUCGCAGAUCAGAUGAGAAAAUAUGAGCGUAGGACAGUUUGUUUUUUUCAAAUAAUGAUCCAGAGACCUACAUCCGUGUGUCGGAGUAUCUCUCUCUUCCCGCCCGGCUCCCGGGUUACAGGAAGACGCCCAGCUUUUUAUGUGGGUGCUGCCGGCAAGCUUGCCCCCUCUGCUUUCAAGGCUAGCACAUCACAAAGCCAGCCCCCAGCCCCAGCGCGUUUUCUUUAUGACAUGCUUUAUAUCAGUCUUGAUCUUCAGACCCCACACCUCUGACUCGUCAAUCCCGGCACAUCCGGGUCCCAGACAGAAUACAGGGCAGCCAUGGAAGACCACGGUUUCCAGCUUUCCCUCAGAGGCUGCAGGGACCACUCGAGCAAGACCCUGUGUGCAUGUGUUGAGCUCACGUUUGGCCAAGAUCAAGUCCAGAUCUGCAUUCUCUACCUCAGUCCCAUGUCUUCUCCAUCCUCCCCCCCCCACAACUGUCGUAGGAGACUGAAUCUGCCCUUGUAGCUGUGUCCAUGACAGUCCCUUACAAAUGGUUUUUCUCUGUGUUUAUGGGCAUCACAUGGGAAGGAAUGAGGGCUACCAAGGGAUCAAGUCACUGACUCCAGCUAACCCAGACAACAUCACUGUUUGUGAAGCAGUCGCUGUGUGUGUGUGUGUGUGUGUGUGUGUGUGUGAUACUUAUGGUGGACAGCCGUUCUAUAGGGUUGCUUUCAACCUCUGUUUCAUUGCUUUUGGCAAAACAUUAGGGUCACGAGCAUGGAAUACAUAAUUUAAGAUUACAGGUUGUACAGGGAAUCUAAGGAAGUCCAAUGGCAAUAAAGUUGGACCAUUACAUUGUUCUCUCAAACAAUUAAACAGGCUGAGUACACAGCAGGA